UGGGCUCCACCGGAACGGACACAUUUCGAUGUCGUACAAGCUUCCGACAGAACGUUUGUUAAUUAAACCACUUACAAAUGUACAGAAAAGUAAAUAUAUGUGUGUUUUAGUACUCCAUAUUCCUUAUUUUCUAUAUGCAAAUUGUUUCUGUCCGUUGUGUGAAUUCAGCGUUAAUUAAGGAAAACGUAUAGGAACCUUUGUGUGGACCGUGUUUCCGCUGGGAAAGAAUUAAUUGUAGGAUAGCUGUGUGCUUGGAGAGUAAACGUGUGGUCGUGUUGUAACUAAUAUGAGAUUUUAAGUCGUAGAGACUCGUGUUAGUUCUUAUUUCCAGUAAACAGAACAAACCAGAGAAUCGUCAGGAGGAAGAAUGAAGAAGAAACACCUCCACAGCGGAGAGGCGUCGGCUGCUCAGCAGUCAGAGGACUACGUGGUGGGUCAGGUGUCAGGAAGUUUGUUUCAGAGCAGUCCUUCGGCCGGAUCGCUGUCGGCUUUAUUCAGCAGCGCUCCACCAGCUGGACCGCUCCUGUUCCAGCCUCCACCCAAACAGCUCGUUAAGAAGAGCACAGAAACACAGCAGGAGGUGAAUCCAGAAGUAAGAGGUCCACCGUGUCAGAAGAAGAAGAUCCCAAAGAAGAAGUCAGCAGCUGAGCAGAAGCUGGAAAACAGAGAGAGCAGCUUACUGAAGGCCGAUGAGGACGAGCAGGGACACCAGACGGCUGUCAGGAAGAAGAAGAGGAAGCUGGAGAUGGACGGAGAGAAGGAUGCAGAGCACUGGGUGAUGAAGAGGCAGAGGCUGAAGGUCCACAGAGCAGAGGAGGCCUUGAAGAAGACCAGAACCGUGUUUGUAGGGAACCUGCCCAUCAGCUGCACCAAAAAGAUGCUGCGGAGUCUCUUCAGGGAUAAAGGAACCAUUGAGUCUAUCCGGUUUCGCUCCAUGGUCAGAGAGGAUCCGUCCAUGUCUCGCAAAGUAGCAGCCAUCAAACGUAAAGUCCAUCCCAAGAAGCAGAGCAUGAACGCCUACGUGGUGUUUAAAGACGAGGACAGCGUGGCCAAAGCUCUGGAGAGGAACGGCGUGGAGAUCGAGAAAGACUUCCACAUCCGAGUGGACAGAGCCUCUGACAGCUCCUCACAUGAUCACAAGCGUUCAGUGUUUGUGGGGAAUCUGUCGUUUGAGAUCAGUGAUCUGGCAUUUCGAAGGCAUUUUGAGGAGUGUGGCUCAGUGGAGGCGGUACGACUGGUCCGAGACCAGAACUCUGGACUGGGGAAAGGAUUCGGAUACGUCCUGUUUGAGAGCGCCGACUCGGUGCAGAUAGCGUUGGAACUGGACGGCUCAAAGCUGGAGGGCAGGUCCAUCCGGGUGAAGAGGUCUGUGAAGAAGGAGAAGAACAAGAACAAAACUGACGGCAAAGGAACAGCAGGAAGGACUGGGAAGGGUCCAGGACGGGAGAAAGGAGCUGGUCCGGGAGGUUUUAAGUCCCAGAAGAAGUUGACAGGAAAGCAGCAGCCGUCGACCCAAAGCUCCUCCUUCAAGGGAGAAAUGGCAGAUCCAAAGAAAAAGCCUAAAAAGAAAGGUCUGAAGAGGAAAGGGAAGCCCAGCAGGUCCGUUCAUAUCUGAUCCAGAGGAAACGCUCCGUGUUCAGCAGAAACCAGAGUCAGACUGUUCAAACAGAACGUUCCUUCUGAUUCCUGAUGUUUAUCGGCUGUUUGCUAAAAUCACUUUUUCUCUACUUUGGUGUCAGAAUGACGGAUUUCUUUUUUAGAAAACUUCUGUAAAUGUGCUGCUUCAUGAAUGUUUGUCAUACUGAAAUACAUGUAAAGACUGUCAAACCUCUACAAAGACCAGUUUAAAGCCCGUCAGGUUCAGACUGCAUUGAUCUGAGGCUGUCAGAAAGCGUGGGUUUGAAUAAACAGAGGAGCUGAUGGGUGCAUUUUUUAGCCUUUUACAGCUGUUUGACACCGAUCACUCAUCAAUAUUCUCACUAUUCACGUACAGUGCCGUGAAAAAGUAUUUGCCCCCUUCCUGAUUUCUGUGGUUUUUGCAUAUUUAUCUUAGCAAAGGUUUCAGAUCAUCAAACCAGUUUUAAUAUCACACACAGACAACCCAAGGAAAUACAAAAUGCAGUUUCUAAAUGAUUCAGUUUAUUAAGGCACAAAACAAAUCCAAACCUGUCUGGCCUUUUCUAGCAUGAAAUGCCCGUUUAAGGUCACACCACAGCAUCUCCAUUGGAUUUAAAUCCAGACUUUGACUUGGCCACUCCAAAACCUUAGUUUAGUUUUGUUGAGCCAUUCAGAGGUGGACUUGCUGGUGUGUUUCAGAUCGUUGUCCUGCUGCAGGAUCCCAGAGUGCACAAACUGAUGGCCGGACGUUCUCCUUCAGGAUCUUCUGGUAAACAGCAGAAUUCAUUUUUCCGUCAAUCACAGCCAGUUGUCCUGGACCAUCACACUGCCACCACCAUGCUGUACUGUUAGCAUCAUGUUCUUUUUAUCAAACGCUGUGCCAUUUUUACACCACAUGUAACGGGCUGCACACCUUCCAAAAAGUUCAGUUUUUGACUCAUCAGUCCACAGAAUGUUUUGUUGGAAAUCAGCCUAUCCUACAAUUAAACAAACCAACAGAACAUGUGUAAGGCUGUUUCCGCCCAGUUCUUUUGAUGGAGUAGUCAGGAGACUUCUUCUUAAAAUCAAAAGUAUUUAUUACAGCAACAUUGAAUGUGUGAUACAGAGCUCUGGGCCUGAAUCCUCUGUCCCUAACCAACAACAAGUGUUCAGUCAGUUCGGAUGGAAUCAGACUGCUAACUGUUCCUGACCCAGUCUUCUUAUACUCUAGCAGUGUGUACAGCUAUCUAUCAAGGCUGCCCCCCCUUCCGAUGCUGCGUUGCUGUCCUCUGUCACAGCUGAUGUUUUGUCAUUACGCUCACGUAGGAAUGACUUCGCUUCUGCAAAGCAAGAUUAGAAACUGCACAUACAACUCGCUCAUGUUCUUUACUGAUUACAGCUUACGUCAAAAACUAUCUGUACCUUUAUUAUCAAAAACUGUCUGUACUUUGAUUAUCAAUCACUUUAUGUCUUGAUCAUCCUUGGUUUCAAUCACAUGAGUAAUAAGUAAAAUAAAGCUGGACUUAU